AUGAUCAUGCUCAAAGUCACAAAACCGAAAUCAAAUGUGAAGAUGGAUUAUGCACAAAAACACGGUGAGAAAUGUGAUCAAAAAAUCGAAUGCAAAACUAAAGGUGCUGGUGGUGAAACCUGUGAAACUCGUACAGUUCAACGUGAUGGUGUCAAUAUCAAAUCAACUAUCUCAUCUGAUGGUUCUUCCUCAGUCUCACUUGCCAAUAAACAAAAACUCACUGAUUUAGUUACUAAAUUAGGUUCAACACAUUCACAAAUUGAUGAAUAUGCUCGAAAUCAGACCGAACAAAUCAAUGAACAAAUUCAACGGGAAAUCGAUGAAGUUGUUGGUCGCACACGUCGUGAACAAGAAGAACUUCUCCGCAAAGCCAACGAACACACCGGCGAAAUCGAUAAAGAAUAUCAAGCCCGUUUACAAUUGAUGGUUGAAGAAAUCGAUGCUGCCAAAGCGAAACGAAUUGCCGAAAUCGAAGCUGACUUAAACAAUCAACAAGCUGCCAUUUUACAAGCCGCUCGAAAUGACAUUGAUGCUUUGAACAAGAAAGCUGCUCGACUCAAAAUCGGUGUCUUGGAAGCUGCUGAAGCUCAAGUCGAAGCUGAAGCUCGUAAUAUCGCUGCAAAUGCCACUUUAGACAAAGCCACAACUAUUCACCAAGCAACCGGUACAACAACAAUUAAAACCGAAGUAUCAGCAGCAGCUACGACCACUGCUGAAAGCAAAUCAGCUGCACCAGCUCGUGACGCAGCUGGUAGCGCUACGCACGUCACAGAAACCAAAACGGUUGAAACAACCAAACACCAAUCAAAAUAG